GAGGCCAGAUGGUAUUUUUAAUCGUUAUCGGCGCCAUACUGCUGCCAACUUCACGCCGUAUAUUUGGGGAGUGACUAAGUUUCGUUGUAAAAAGUGUGUGAGCUACGACAAACGCAUAAAGAAAUCGGCGGCGCGCAGGUUAUUGGAUUUCGUUCAUAAAUCGGACGGAGUAACAAGGAUAAGGAUACAAAUCGAAACGAAUUGAGCUAGCGACGACAGCAAAACAAAUUCGAAGAAAAUGGGAGCUAGAGAAGACGAGUACGAUUAUCUGUUCAAAGUUGUCCUUAUCGGUGACUCUGGCGUUGGCAAGAGUAAUUUGCUCUCCCGUUUCACGCGCAAUGAAUUCAAUUUGGAGUCGAAGUCGACAAUUGGCGUGGAGUUUGCAACGCGCAGCAUAGAGGUCGAUGGAAAAACAAUUAAAGCGCAAAUCUGGGAUACGGCCGGCCAAGAACGUUAUCGCGCCAUCACCUCUGCCUACUACCGCGGUGCUGUGGGAGCUCUGCUCGUCUACGACAUCGCCAAGCAUCUGACGUACGAGAAUGUAGAGCGGUGGCUGCGGGAAUUGCGCGACCAUGCCGACCAGAACAUCGUCAUCAUGCUGGUGGGCAACAAGUCCGACUUGCGGCACUUGCGCUCCGUUCCCACAGACGAGGCGAAACUGUUUGCCGAGCGCAACGGCUUGAGUUUCAUAGAAACCUCGGCCCUCGACUCGACGAACGUAGAAACGGCAUUCCAGAACAUACUCACAGAAAUCUAUCGCAUUGUGUCGCAGAAACAGAUCAGGGAUCCGCCGGAAGGCGACGUCAUCCGUCCGUCGAACGUGGAGCCCAUCGACGUCAAGCCGACUGUCACCGCCGAUGUGCGCAAGCAGUGCUGUCAGUGACCGCCCCAAGCAACAUUAGCUAUUCCCCGCAACCGCCAGAACAGCAACAUAAACAAUAGCAACAGCAAUUACAACUACAACAACAACAACAUCAACAUCAGCAGCAAUAACAACCAGAACAACAGCAAGAUUAGAAGCAGCAGCAGCGAAGAUCUGGUGAAGAGAGGCAUUGGGAGGAGUUUUUGUGUUUUUUAAUUAGAAAAACAGCCACUUGCAGUUUGUCAUAAUAUUUGCAUAUAAAUUGAUGAAUCAAAAUCAACAAAAACACCACCAUCACCAACACAACACCAACAGCAGCAACAGAAUCGAAAACAACAUCCGGCUGUAGUUAACUGCGGUUUAAACUGAAGUUUUAUAUAUAUAUAAAGAUUUAAAGAAAUAUCGCAUAAAUCGAUCGCCGCGAUCGUCAAUGCCUGCAAAAAUAAACAAAAACAAAAAGUGGAAAGAAUAUAAGCAAAAAACUAAACACUCCAAAUUCAGUUUAAGCUGUAGAACUAUAAUUUAUAUAAAUAUAAAUAUAUGCUAAUAUUAAAAAUAUUAAUAUUAUUAAUUUUUCGCAACAUAAAUAAUAGUUAUAAACAACCGGAAGGAAAUUCUCGAUAAUGAUGCAAACUCAUUUCCAAACCAAAACCACACUGCGCAGCUCGCGGCAAGCAAUUUUGCGGACUUUUUUCAGUUUUUACUUUUACCUACAUUUUCAAGAAUUGGUAAAAUCAAAUCAAAUCAAACAGCAACAGUUGUAAAACUUUAAAUGCAUACAUGAAACGAAAAUCACAUCAUUUGUGUUUGCUAUGUUAAGUGUGAUUAAAUAAAUAUAAUUUAAAUAAAAGAAAA